AUGGCAGAUAAACCAUCAAAAUCAACUAUCCCUCAGCAAAUACAAUCUCCAUUUGAGAUAGGCAAGAAAGAUUACGAGACUGGCAAUUAUAACGAGGCACUCUCUCAUUUGACCCAAGCACUUGAUCAAAUUCCAUCAAUAUCAAACCCUUCCGCUGAUCUUGACCAUCUUCAAUGCGAUAUUUAUCUUUAUAUUUCUGAUAUCUAUAUCAGACAAGGUGAUCUUGUAAAAGCAGAUGAGUUUAGCCAGAAAGCACUAAAACUGGCUAAUCAACUACAAGAUCAAAUAAAAUUUGCUCGAUAUUUAGAUAAACAAGGCGGUAUUAAAAAACUACAAGGUAAUAUCAGCGAGGCCUUAGAGGAUUACAAGAAAUCACUUGAAAUUAAGCAAAAAUACAUGAAAGACGAAGAAUUAGACGUCGCUCAUUCGUAUACUAACAUUGGGAAUAUCUAUUUUAGCCAGGAUAAAUUUGAUGAUGCACUGUCUAUGUUUCAAAAAUCGCAUAAAAUCUUAGUAAAGCUGUUUGAUCAUAAUCAUGAGCAUGUUGCUACAGCAUAUAACAACAUGGGAAGUGUGUAUGGCUUACAAGGCAAGUAUAAAUAUGCUCGUUCUAUGUUUGAAAAAUCUCUUCAAAUCAAUUUGCAAAUACUGGAUGAAAAUGAUCCUGAACUUAUAGCAACUUAUAUGAAUAUUGGUAAUGUUGAUCGGAGCCAAGGCAAAUAUAAUGAUGCUGUUUCUAUGUAUAACAAAGCUUUGAAAAUAGCACUACAAAGGUUUGGUAAUGAUCAUGUUCAAGUUGCUCAGUUAUAUAACAAUUUAGGGAUUGUUCACGAUCAGCAAGGAAAAUACGAUGAGGCUCUUUCUACACACCAAAUGGCGCUUAAAAUUAGACUGAAAUUAUUUGACGAAAAUCAUCCUGAUGUUGCCCAAUCUUACCAAAAUAUAGGAAAUAUAUACAGUGAUCAAGGCAAAUAUAAGGAAGCUCAUUCUAUGUAUGAAAAGUCGCUGAAAAUUGGCUUGCAAAUAUACGGUGAAAAUCAUACUGUUGUUGCUAAUGCUUAUAAUAACAUUGGAAUGUUGCAAGCUCAACAAGGCAAAUUUCAGGGUGCUGUAUCAAUGUAUUAUAAAUCACUUCAAAUUCGAAUGCAACUAUUUGGCGAAAAUCAUUCUAUCGUUGCUCAAUCCUAUGAAAAUCUGGCAACUACUUAUACUGAGCUGAAUGAGAUUGAUCUUGCUCUUCGUUUGCAUGAAAAAUCACUCCAAAUUUAUUUGCAUGCACUCGGUAAUAACCAUCCUAAUGUUGCUAGUUCAUGCCUCAACAUUGGCAAUGCCUAUAACCAUCUUGAGCAAUAUGAUGAGGCUCUUUCUAUGUAUAGAAAAGCAGUAGAAGUUUACAUACAAGUACAUGGCGAUCAUCAUCCUGAUGUUGCUACUGUUUGGAAUUGCAUUGCUAGCGUUUACAAUCUGCAAGGCAAUUAUGAUGACGCUCUUUCGACGUAUAAGAAAUCGCUUGAAAUUACUCUGCAAACGCAUGGCGAAAAUCAUCCUAGCACAUCCUUGUUAUAUUACAACAUUGGGACAGCCUAUGAUAGUCAAGACAAAUUUGACGAGGCUCUUGAUAUGUAUGAAAAGUCGUUAAAAAUUGAUUUGGAGGUACUGGAUGAUAGUCAUUCUCGAGUUGCAUCGGCAUACAAAAGUAUUGCGGGCAUAUACGAUACUCAGUCGAAAUUUACUGAAGCUAUAUCAACGUACGACAAAGCUAUUAGUGUCUUGAUUAAUGUUUACGGAGAGAAUGAUCCAGAAAUUGCAGAGUUAUAUGAAAAUAUCGCAGUAAUUUAUAAACAACAGAAUCUCCUUGAAGACGCAGCUGCUAUGCAACAAAAGGCGGAUAAUAUUUAUAGCAAUCUACCUGGGGAAAACUCUACUGAUUAA